AUGGGAUCAGACUUAUCCGCUACUAUUAAAGAGAAAUAUAACGACGCCCUCAAGAAUGGUGACGUUGUGUUUACGCAAUCAUCAUCUACCAAGCAUAAGGAUGCAGAGACGGGUACUCAAUAUCUGGUCACAUAUGCGCCAAGUCUACUAAAAAAGCCUGAGAGAGGUGACGAUGAAACUAUCAACCGCAAUCCUUUCGCUGAGCCUGAGCCAGAAUUGACUGUUGAUGGUGAUUUGAACGAUGAAGGUGAAUAUAAGCUCCUGUUGAACAAAUAUCCUGUAGUCCCCGAGCACGCUUUGUUAGUCACCAAAGAAUUCAAGCCCCAAACCAGCGCAUUGACUCCCAAGGAUCUUUUCACUGCUUAUUCCUUGAUCGACAAGCUUGACGACGAAGAUGAAAUGAUAAGACAUAUGGCAUUUUACAAUUGUGGUGUCAAUAGCGGCUCUUCGCAGGAUCACAAACAUUUGCAGCUUCUCAAACUUCCUGAAAAGUUCUUGUGCUUUCAAGACAAGCUCUGCAGUGGUCAAGAGUCUUUCAUACCUAAUGUACACACUGAGCCUCUGCAAGAUGGAAAGCUAUCAUUUGCUCACUUCGUAGCUCCCUUGCCAGAGGACUCAGCUUCCGUUGACGAGGACUUGUUGGCUAUGACCUUUAUAGCGGUUCUACAAAGAGCGCUAACAUUUUUCCAAGAUUGGACCAAUGAAAAGCCCAAAAUGGAUGUCAGUUACAACGUUAUGCUCACCAAGCAAUGGAUUUGUGUUGUGCCUCGUUCUGCAUCAAAGAGUAAACAAAUGAACAUUGGCUUCAAUGCUACUGGCUACGUUGGAAUGGUCCUCGUGAAGGAUGAAGAGGUCUUGAAAAAAAUUCAAGAAAAUCCACAUAUUGUUGACGAACUCCUGCUAGAGUGUGGUUUCCCCAGUACUGCGGGUGAAGCCACUACCCAGUAUCACUAUUAA